UGGCAACAGUUUGGGGUAGGCCCUUUCCUGUUUCAGCAUGACAAUGCCCCCGUGCACAAAGCGAGGUCCCUACAGAAGUGGUUUGUAGAGAUCGGAGUGGAAGAACUUGACUGGCCUGCACAGAACCCUAACCUCAACUCCAUCGAACACCUUUGAUAUGAAUUGGAACGCCGACUGCGAGCCAGGCCUAAUCACCCAACAUCAGUGCCUGACCUCAUGAAUGGUCUUGGAAGCAAUACUGAUUGGAAGCAAGUGUCACAGGCGUCGAUGAAAGGUGACCAAAAUGCAGCGGGUGCUAAUGAUGGAUCCCUGACCACCACCACAUAUAUACGAGCAGCUGCACCAAGUUAACCUUACCACGCCCAUACAAACCUGGCAAUACAUUCCCCUUCAGCAAGGAGAGUGCAAAAAGUUCAUCAGUAAUACUGAGAUUGAGACAGAGGUCUGCCAAACACCUACCUGCUCCCCUCACCCAGCCAUCUAACCACAGAAUAUGAGCCUUUGGAAACUCAACUUACGCAUGGACUUUAGCACGUAAACCACCUUCACUAACCCACACGUUGACUUCAAGGACCUCUGUACCAGGGGCUGCUGGAAUUCCAAUAACCCAUAUCCAUAACUAUACGUGGAUUCUCCACCAAGCCACUGACCCAAAAUAGGGAGAGCCAUCACCAUCACAGACUCACCCUGAACAGUGGCUUUGAGUGGAGUUGGCAACCAUUUUGUUUUCUGAGAAGAGAUAAGACCUGCAGGGUGGGCUCGGCACCAUGAUUGACCUGAGUUACCUGACGGAGGAGGAGCAGGAGAUGAUCCUGUCCGUAUUAAAGAGGGACACAGAUCUGAAGAGGGCUGAGGAACAGCGUGUGAAGAAUCUACAAAAGCAAGAAUGUGACAAGGGCAAGCUGAAGUACCUGACUGGAGAGUGGUUCUAUGAGACAAAGUCAAGGCGUCACAGAGACAGGAUCCAUGGUUCUGACAUCAUCAAAGCAUCCAUAAGUCGGAGGAAACCUGUGACCAUAUUGGAGCUCUCCCAGAUGUGGGGAGAGAGGCCCAGCUUUGUGAACAGUGAGAACCAGGAUGUGUAUGUUCCUCCAGAACUCUCGGGCCUUUUAGAGGAGCCACCGGCUCAGCACAACAACUACUACAGGGACGACAGCUACAAUCUGCAGUCCCCCACAAAGCAAAGACAGAACCCAUUCAACAGCACACCACUUACACCUGAAACUUUGGAGGAAACAGACAGCCAGUUACCCAAUGAAGCAAUGGAGCAAACCAAGACACCUGACGGGGAGUUUCUACCACCAUCUGAGUUCUGCGUUGCUCAUCUAACUAACUUAAAAUCGAUCUGUUCCGAAAACAUCCAGAGUGCACCUCUGCGCAUGCCUGUCCCCAAAACAAGAACAAUCAUUAACAGAUCCCAGGACUCUCUCUUGGAGAGCCCAGCAGCCAGACAGGCCAGCAGCCAGACAGGCCAGCAGCCAGACAGCUCAGCAGCCAGACAGGCCAGCAGCCAGACAGGCCAGCAGCCAGACAGGCCAGCAGCCAGACAGGCCAGCUUUCUCGCCCCUAGGAGCAUCCUCAAACAAAGCAGCUCCACUGACUUUCUUCAGUUCCGAAACGUCUGCAGCCGCCAGCCAGAACCACAGUGUCCACAAACGCUGCACUCCAGCAACGGGGCCUUAGAGCCAUCUUCAGACACCUGGUCUGCUAAAGAGAGAGAGACCCUGGUCUGGAUAGACAGGAAACAGGUGAGAUUCGGCCUAGCAGUGAGCAGGAGCAGCGCGGAGUGGCCCACUGAGAUGCAGGAUGGAAAGGAGCUGGGCGAACACAGUCUCCUGGAUCUGGACUGUACAAACCCGCCAGAGGGAGAGGAGGAGACGGUGCAGUCAGACAGAAGUGGCAUCAACAGUGGGAUUGACCAGGGUGAUCACGGACCACUAAAUGAAGACAUUGAGGUUUUGACAGCUGUAGGUUCACCUUGCUGGCUCCAACAGCCCAUUCAUGAUACACAGAGACAGGUGGACAUAGGUGAGGGUCUGAGUUGCAGAGAGAAGCCAGAUAUAAGAUGCCUAGACACAGGCCCAGCCCAGGUCCCUGCUGAUCAACUUGAGCAUCAUCAUGCUGAGUCCCUUACCCUUCAGGUGUCCGACCUCCAUUGUGCUGAGCAAGAGACAGGUAAGCCCAUUCUCUUGGGGGCUGCGGCCCAGGAGAUCUCCCCCACCAAGAUAACAGAGGAGGACGGUCAAUCCAUGGCUAAGGUUCGAGACUGGUUCAGCUGGAACCUGGGAAGCAGUGACAAGCCACAGGCACAGCUCCCCCAACAACCCAGUGAUGAACCAGUGAUUCCUGUCGACAUCAUCACAGAUGAGAUGCCAAGUGAUGCUGCCUCUAAGAAGCCAUCUAGUCGUGUGUCUCCAAAGCCUCGGAGAGGGCUCCUAGGGAUAUUUAGUAGAUGGGAAGCAAGAGAAGAGAAAAUCCCUGAGCCGCAAAGCCCAGUUAAAGAGGAGGUGGUCCUCUGUGAACCGAAAGAGCUUGACAACGCCACCCUGAACUUCAUCAACUGCCAGUCCACUGUGAAUACUUAUUCUGACCAGCAGCAAGAUCUGCAUAAAUGUGCUACUGACAAACAGUCAGCUAAAAAUGAGAAGACACCAGAGGUUAGAGAACUAGUGCUUAAAAAAGAAAUAGACCAAACUCAACAGGAGCCACAGGGGAGUGCAUGUGGAGUAGAUACGUUACCAGAUAAACUAUCCAACUUGAAAUCAUUUUGUGAAAGAAAAAUUGGCCCUAAAAUACUGCUCAGUAAACUAAGCACUGAUACAAUGAUGUGUGAAGUACUUGUCAGUGCUGGGGAUACUUGUGACCAAAAAAUGCAUGAUUUUGGUAAAGAUUUUGCCAAGGCUGAGACUGUUGAAGCAUCAUCAUCUUUUCAAAAUAUUCAGCUUGACCUCGACACUAGUGGCAUGAGAAAGUCCAAUAUCUUUGGAGCAAUAAGCAAUGAUAGCAAUGACUCACAUAUGCUGAUUAACCAUCCCGUCUCCCAAAAGGUGGAAACCUCAGAGCAGUGUAACAUCAGUGCUGCUCUAUCAUAUGACGAAAAGUCCUCAUCUUCCGUUGAAAGCAACUACAUGUUAAAAACAUCAGGUGACAAUGAUACAUUCAGGGAUAAAUCCAUCCUUAUCUCUGAAGAUAAUUCCAGUUCAUCUGUGGGCUUGACAGUGCCUUCGCAGACAGUCCAGCUAGAUGAGAAGGUGAACAUUCCUUUACAUGUCUCUCCAUCCAGUCCCCGCACAAGCCGGCAGGGGCGUGUCCCAGUGCCCCUUGUUAGACGUUCCCUCAGUCAACAGGAAAGCAGGAAGGCCAAGAUCAAUAACCUCAAGUCCUUCUGGGAGAAAGAGAAUAGUGGACCAAAGGUCAUUGUUGGCAAAUCAAAGGAGGCUUUAGAUAGUCAAACCCAUCCAUUUUCAGAAACAUCUCCAGUCCACCACUCAAUUGCCACUUCUGAGUCUAGUCUAAGAACAAUUGAAACUGACCUAGGGAAGGGUGACUGUGACAAGCAAAGCUCUUCCUUAUACGGGGUUAAGGCCAGCGCCUCCGACUUGUCCAUGACUGAAAGAAUAGAAAAGGGUUUCAUCAAGCGGAGUUCAAACUCAUCACUACCGGGUAGUCACUGUAGUGUUGGCGAUGUUGAUUUCAUAAAUCAGCAAGAUUCAUGUAAGAUAGAAACAGGGCCAACCCUGUAUCAAGAAAGACCCUUAAGUCCUAAAACACCUCUGCCUAGAUCUGAAAUUCCAAAGUGGAAAGACAAAAGUGACGAUGAACUUAAGAGAAGUCCUUCAAAGACCUGUCAUCCUAAAGCCCUGCCCAGAGGUUCAUCCAGUUUCCAAGGAGCCAGGCGUGAUAGUUCUCCAUUUAAAUCCUUCUCCAUAGACAUUGCCUCACCCACAAGGGAGCAUCAGGAUGAUCCAGAGAGAGCAACACCAGUGGUUAAACAGAGAAAAGGACUCUCACAUGAAGCAAUGCAGUCAGGAUCAGAGUCCACCAAACAUACCCUAGGAAUCACGUCUACCUCUCCACAGUUUAGAUCCGAAGAGAAGGGGCAGGAUCGCCUGACCUUGCCACGUAGAGGCUCGGCACAGAGCUCACUAACUUCUAUGAUGUCCCCGCUAUCACCUACUAGGUCGCUCCCUUGCCCAGUCAGAAGGACCAGUUUAGGGAACCUAAGUGUACAGGAGGGCAGUCCUUACUGGUCCUCUAGGCCAAAUCAUGGGGACCCGCAUAUAAGAAGAGCCUUUGAAGCUGGCAAGAUUGGUCAACAGCCCAUCAAUAGGGAUCCUGGUGAAAGAAAGCUUUCGGGAGCAUCUGAAGUCUCUGAAACAUAUCUCCGCCUUGCAAGGUCUUUCAUUCCCCAGAGCAAUCAGCAUUAUUUGGGGCUCCCUGAGCGGACACACAUCCCUCAGUUUAUCUCAGAUAAAGUGGGGAAUGACCAUCUGAGUCCCACUGUCCCCACUCCAUUGCUCCUGAGCAUGAGAAGCAGUGAGGGGAGUCCAUCUUGGAUCAGUCCUAGGUCCAUGGAGAAUGUCGACAGUCACUUAUCCAGAGGAAGCAUGCCUGAGAUCUGGUCUCAAUCUCGGGCAAGUUCAAGCUGUCAUGGUGAGAACUCAAGCCCUAUCAGGUUAGAGUUGAAACAAAUGUCUUCAAGACCCUUAUCCAGAAGUCUGGAGGAUGUUUUAUCACCACCAAAACGAGAAGAGAGAAGUAUAAUUGACCAAAGACGUGAAAUGAAUCUAAAUGUGGAUGAUGUGCCUCCCUCCUCCCUCCUCCCCCUCCGUCUCCCUCCUCCCUCUCCCUCCUCCCUUUCAGUCCCGGAGCAGAUGAAGAAUAUGAGCAAGUCGGUGUCUGUUUUGCAGGAUGAGAAGGAUGGCAGAGACAGUGACAGCACCUCAGUGAAAAGUCUCAACUUCAGCUGGAAAAAGCGGAUGGGCAGUUCCCUCACUAACCUUAGCCUCUCCUCUGGCAUGGCGUCCAUGUCCUCUGUGAGCGGCAGUGUGGCAAGCAUCUACAGUGGAGUAGAUGGGGAUGUGGAAGUGAAGGGAACAAUCCGGUUUGCCAUGAAUUAUGUCCAGAAGCUCGGGGAGUUCCACAUCUUUAUUGUCCACUGCAGAGAUCUUGCCGUGGCAGAACCUAAGAAGAACCGAUCUGAUCCAUAUGUGAAAUGUUACCUCUUACCGGACAAAGCGAAGAUGGGAAAGAGAAAAACCAGUGUGAAAAAGAAGACCUUGAACCCCACUUACAAUGAGAUCCUUAGGUUUAAAGUUACCAUGGAGACCCUCAAGACUCAAGCACUUAAUGUCUCCGUGUGGCACAACGACAACUUUGGACGGAACAGCUUCCUUGGCGAGGUGGACUUGGAUUUGUCUGAAUGGGACUUUAGCAACACGCAGAUGAAUGAUUAUGCUUUGAAAGCAAGGAUCUCGACACAGUCUCUCAGUCCCUCUCACUCCCAAUCUAUUGACCAUAGAGGAGAGAUGAGAAUAGGAUUGCGUUUCCUGCCACAGAUCUCAUACAGUAAGAGGUCAUCCAAAACAGAGACGGGUGAGGUGCAGAUUUGGGUGAAAGACUGCAAGAACCUGCCUGCUAUCAGGGGUGCGAUCAUUGACCCCUUCGUGAAAUGCACUGUGCUUCCAGACACGAGCAGGAAAAGCCGACAGAAGACUCGGGUGGUGAAGAAGACGGCCAACCCCAUGUUCAAUCACACCAUGGUCUACGAUGGCUUUCGGCCAGACGACCUACGAGAGGCCUGCGUUGAAGUCACAGUGUGGGAUCAUGACCGGCUCACUAACCAUUUCAUUGGGGGCUUAAGGCUGGGCCUUGGAACAGGUAAAAGUUAUGGGUUAGAGGUGGAUUGGAUGGAUUCAACCUCUGAAGAAGCAAGUUUAUGGGAGAGAAUGAUGCAUUCUCACAAUGAAUGGGUUGAGGAUGUUAUACCCUUGAGAAUGUUGAUAAUGGCAAGAGAUUUAUCAAAAUAAGAUGGUGUGUGAAAAGUUGGAUGACAAAAUGAGAAGAAAGUUGCUCAUUGGGUGUAUAAGUUUGAUGAAAUGUAUAAGCGAUAAUGUAAUCAGUAAUAUAAUCUCUCACUUUUUUUAGGAGAAAGACCAUAUAGGCAAUUUGGAGUAUUGUGCUUGGUGCUUAGAUUCUUCUUAGAAUUACAUUACAAAUGUGUAUUUUAUUUUUUGAAAGAUUAACAUUUUACAUAAUCAUGCUUGUUGUCAUACUGAUCAAAUACCUACUCAGAAAUUGUUAAGAUAUAAAUAGGUUGUUUUAAUUGAUUCAUUCCAAUACAUAUUUAUCGCUAUUUGUAUAUAUUCCUAUAUAUGUUUUCAUAAAGUUAUUCCAUGGUAAAUUCACUGAAGAAAAUGUUUCCACUAUUGAUACAACAGCAUAUAUAAUCAGAAAUGUGGUGUUGUGUUUUCAUUGUUGUCUUUGUAAAAUACAUUUAUUCACAUUACUCAAUAUAGUAACAACAUAUAUUUUUCAUCAUAGUUAAUGUUUCCACUAAUUCAGGCACCCCAACAAUAAAUACAAUAUCACAUGUUGAAAAACAAA